AUAAUGACAAUCACACAAACUUCGCUCGCUCUCCUGGUCAUUGCCGCUGCCGCUUCCAAUGGCCUCUCCGACGCCGCAAACCUGCGCCAGGCGCAGCGCAACCUCGCCGCCACCUACAGACAGCCAAGCGACUACCUCCCCGCCAUGGUGGCCCGAGUCAACAAGGAGCGAGCUGCUGUCGGUCUUCCUCCGGUCUGCGCGAACCUGAAGCUGCAGUCUUCCUCCCAGCGUCACUCGGACGACAUGGCCGACCACGACUACAUGGCCCACGGCGGAACGGACGGCUCCACGAUGGAGAAGCGCGUGACGGACACUGGUUAUGCUUGGGACAGGGCCGGAGAGAACGUUGCUGCUGGCCAGGAAGGCGUCGAUGCGGUCAUGGACGCCUGGAUGAGGUCGCCGGAGCACCGUGCCAACAUUUUGGGCGACUACAACAUGCUCGGCGCCUCGUACGCUUUCAACGGACGCGGCACGUACCAGCACUAUUGGACGCAGGACUUCGGCAAGAGCAACCGCGAGUCGUGCAGCAAU